GGCGGGUGGACGAGCCUGCAGCGCCCUGACCGAGGCGGCCGGCGGGCGGGCGGGCGGACACACGGACAGAGACAGGGUUUUGGAUUCAACUGCACUUCAUUGCACACAAGAAACCUUUUUUUACUUUAAAGACGAACUUUUUAUUAUUAACAAGCUGGAAGGCCCACGAUUAGACGAGAACCCGAGCUUGGGCUUAAGGCAUCGGAAGGAAAGCGUAGGAUACCUGAUGUCAUCUCAAGAAAAACAGUGUAACACCCCAAGCUCAGAGUUGAAUGAAGUGAAUCCUCUUGUAAAUCAUGAUUCUGAUUUGUUGGAUAACAACACAGACACUGAAGAGCCAGAAACUGUCGAAGAAGAAGGAUUUAUGAGCAUUGCCCCACUACUACAGGCCCACCAUGCCAUGGAAAAGAUGGAAGAGUUUGUCCACAAGGUGUGGGAAGGACGAUGGCGGGUCAUCCCCCAUGAUGUGUUGCCUGAUUGGCUGAAGGAUAAUGACUACCUCCUGCAUGGCCACAGGCCACCAAUGCCAUCUUUUCGUGCUUGCUUGAGAAGCAUCUUUAGGAUCCACACAGAAACGUUGAACAUUUGGACACAUCUUAUAGGUUGUCUUUUCUUCCUCUGUCUUGGAAUUUUCUAUAUGUUUAGGCCGAACAUAUCAUUUGUGGCCCCAGUGCAGGAGAAGGUUGUAUUUGGAGCCUUCUUCCUCGGCGCCAUUCUCUGCCUGUGUUUCUCUUGGUUGUUUCAUACGUUCUACUGCCAUUCAGAAAAUGUUUCACGUGUAUUUUCCAAGUUGGACUAUUCUGGCAUAGCACUUCUAAUAAUGGGCAGCUUUGUGCCAUGGUUAUACUACUCCUUCUAUUGUAACCCCCAGCCAUGUUUCAUUUAUUUGCUUGUUGUCUGCGUACUUGGUAUCACAGCGAUCAUAGUCUCCCAGUGGGACUAUUUUGCAACGCCACAGUACAGAGGUGUACGAGCUGGAGUUUUUGUUGGAUUGGGGCUGAGUGGAGUCGUGCCUACCCUGCACUUUAUGAUAUCAGAAGGAUUUUUCAGGGCUGCUACAAUUGGACAGAUUGGCUGGUUGUUCUUAAUGGCAACAUUGUAUAUCACAGGAGCUGCCUUAUACGCUGCCCGUAUCCCGGAACGUUUCUUUCCUGGAAAAUGUGACAUUUGGUUUCACUCUCAUCAGCUGUUCCAUGUUCUGGUAGUGGCCGGUGCAUUUGUUCACUUUCAUGGCGUCUCAAACCUUCAGGAGUUUCGUCAUGGUGUUGGUGGUGGAUGCACUGAUAAUGACUUGCUAUGAAACUAAUCUCCAAUUAUAUGUGCAGUGGAACUUUGAGCAAUGGUAUAGGAAUUGGUGAUGAAAUAACUGAAAGAUCAAAAUUCUUACCACCGUUUAAUUUGGGUGAAUCAGUCCAAUAUUGUGUAUGGGAAGGCCAAAUAACAUUGGAAUACAGGAGUCCACUGCAUCAGAAUGGCGUUUUCAGUGGCGACUCUGGGUUUUCAAAGAAGCAAUUUUUGUGGUAAAGAAGCAAAAGAUACGACAUCACAGAGUCAUCACUUGAGGUGUGACCAACGCAUUUGUCAACUGGUUGUCAAACCCAAUGGAAAAAAUGUAAAUUAUAAAUUAUAAGUUAGUAUGUAAUUUACAAAAUUGCUGAAUCUGAAGCAAAGUUCUGCUUUAACUGAAUACCAUAUUUAUUUCUAUGAAAAGAUAUAAAAGUGGAAGAAAAAUUGAAGAUAAUACUUCCGAGCAGAGUCUGGCUGCUUAUAACAAAAGAAAGAUCUUGUAAAUAAGAUUUCUAACUUUCAGUUAAUUAGAAAAUUUAUAUAAUAAAAACUUUUGUACAGUAAACAUUUUCAAGAGUACCACACACUGUUAACUACAUUGCACAAAUAUUGGUAGACAUCAGGUAGUGGAAAGAUGCCAGUAUAAGAGCAAUGCAAAAAGCCUUCCUUGUGAAGGCUUGCCCACUAAGUGUGCUGUGAGGCCUGAUAAUUUUAAUUUUCUAUUCUGUCGUAUGCUAUGUAAAUAGCAUUUCCGAUCGGUGAGAUCAAACAGAAGCAGGUGUGUGCAAAUUUCUAUUGAUUGUGCACCCACUUCAACUUCUAAGGAAUCACAUGUGCAUAUAUAUAUAUAUUCACAUUUUAUAUACAUAUUCAUGUAUAUAGAUAAAUCAUUUUAUUUUUACUGUUGUGAUGUUCUGUCCCUGGGAUGGGGAAGUGGGUCUUGCCACUACAUUUGUUGGUUAGUUUGUAAAUGGUUGAUGUCAUGUGAUAUAACUGACCUGUUGCAAGUUGCUUUCAGGUUCAGUUAGAAACGGCUCAUCAGCUUUAAAACAUUUUCGGUUUAUUAUGUGGAUGUUUCGACAAACUAAGAUAAAGAAAUAGAUUGCCUUUAUUGUUGAAGGUGAAUGGUUCAAAAUAGCCUUUUCUGCUAAUUUCUAAGCACCUUGACACUUAGUAAGGAAACUUUGUAAUCAGGUUUCUAGUUGAAGUACAAGUUUUGAACAAUUCUGAGUAAUUUGAAUCUGUCCACUUUAAAAUAAUUUAGUUAAUUCACUGUGCACUCUUAAUUUGACAUCAGAGGUUGCAGCAGGUGUUAUUUAGCCGGCUGUAACAUGCUGAUUUUUGUUGGAGGUUUUGUAUGGAAAUGGUGUCAAAUGUUUACACUUGCCUGAUGAAGGACAAAUCAGAAUUGCAUGUGAGUAAUACUCGCUUGGACACUGAUCUGCCAUGUAUAAUGUUAUCUUCCCUUCCACCACCACACUUGCACAUACUUCUAAAAGUUUGAAUUUUCCGUUGUUUUUGAAUUGACUCAAACAGUGGAGUGAUGUCUGUGGCGGAUGAAAGAGGAAGGUGAAACAUUUCUCAUUCAAAUGUUUUUGUCUGCGGACCGUGAAGUAAUAUUGACUGGAUAUAUGAAGAAACAUGCCAAACCAUCUGUAGGGAUGCAUUUUGGGCAAAGGUGAAGAAAGAAGAGCAACAGAAAAGGGAAAUAUAGUCUUAACUGAGUAGUCCAACUGAGUAGUUGGCUAUCACAAUCCGGAAAUAGUCCUAACCACAUUUUUGUUCUAAAGUUUAGAAUGCCAUUGUGCCCUUGUAAGGGCUUACAUGGAUUACUCUUAAAAUUAAUACUAAUAUUAAUAAUUAAUUGAGCUGGUAAGAUUGGCAAACUUGGAACGUAAUUUAAAACAAAGAACAAAUCUUUGGUUCAGGUUCUUGGUAAGACCAGAGCUGUUAUGAAUUGUACUUCAUGCGAUAGUUUAAUUCCUUGUAAAUAAUGUAAAUAAUGAAUCUAUUUGCAUGAAAUGCAAGAGAUUUGAACUGAGUGAGGUGGUAUCUUGAUGUUUAGACUCUUCAAGAUUCCAUAGAAUGUGCAUUGAAAACAACAAUAAUUUACCCUCUUGAAAUACCUGAGAUGGUUAAUUUGAAAUGAUUUGAAUUUGUGUGCUGAAAUGUUGCCAUGCCACAUACUGGAGCAGAUCUGAAUGGUUGGAAAUUUUCAGGAUUCCAAUUUCUUUUUUAAUCAGCUGAUGUAUCCAUCGGAAAUGAAUUGAUUAUCCUUGAGGCGAGAAACCAUUUAAAAACAAAAAUCUGCUGUACUUUGUUGGCUUGCAUUGCUUGGUCAAGAUUUCUCAAGAGUUUGCCCAAUGCCUUAUUAGGAUCUGUGUUUUGCUUGUUCUGAAUGUUUUAUAGUCAAUAAUACUUCAUUUCCAGAUAAAAUGAGGCCUUGUUUAUUUCCCACUGCUUUAAUUUGAGUAUCUCUGGAUUAAGUAUAUAUUGGCUAAGGGUGCAUAAUUGGAUUUUUACUUGAUGUAAGAUUUCAACCAAUAAUAAAAAAAUAACUUUUGG